CACAUCAUGCAGCAGCACCCCGAGAUGAUCCAGCAGAUGCUCUCGACAGUGCUGAACAUCAUCAUCUUCGAGGACUGCAGGAACCAGUGGUCCAUGUCCAGGCCCCUGCUCGGCCUCAUCCUGCUCAACGAGAAGUAUUUCUCUGACCUGAGGAACAGCAUAGUGAACAGCCAGCCCCCAGAGAAGCAGCAGGCCAUGCACCUCUGCUUUGAGAACCUCAUGGAGGGCAUCGAACGCAACCUGCUGACCAAGAACAGGGACAGGUUCACCCAGAACCUGUCAGCGUUCCGGAGGGAGGUGAACGACUCCAUGAAGAACUCGACCUACGGCGUGAACAGCAACGACAUGAUGAGCUGACACCUCCCACCUCCAGCUGUACAGAGCAGCAUCUCCUUGGCCUGGCCCAGAGGGGUUUCUGAUGGAAAGAAAAGAGGCCCUUCCUAAAUCCCUGCCCUUCCCCAGGGCUGGAUUGUGGAUCCCACAAGGGAGGAGGGAGCAGGAGGUUGAGAGCUCGACCUGGGCAGGUGCUUCUGUUUUCCGUGGGGGAAAAAUAAAAAAAUAAAGGGGGUGGAAGGGGCAUAAUCCAGGUGCAAGAAUCCGACGUCUCUCCCUACCCCUGGAUGUGGAAACGCCAGCGCUCUGCUGCAGCCUGCCUUGUAUAAAACAUGUACAUUUUUUCAUAACAUUUUGAACAAGGUUUAUAUUGACUCGAGUUUAAAAAAAAAAAAAGGACAAAAAAAAGAAAAAAAACGACAAAAAAAAAGAGGAAAAAAACAAAAAAACCACACACACACAAAAAAAACCGACACAAACAAAAUGAUGACAGAAAAAAAAAGAAAAAAAAAAUACAGUGUGAUUGAAAUUUUUACAGAGUCCUGGUGCACCGGUGCUGGCGUGAGGGUUGUGUAUGAGAGUGAGGAAAGCGUGGCCUGAAGCUUUACUGGGCGAGGGGGUGGCUGUGUGUGAAAGUGCAGAGAAUCUAUUUAGUGACAGUAGAGAGAGAGAAGCAGGAAAAAAAAAUUAAAAAACUUAAAAAAAAAAUUAAAA